CGCGCAUGCGCAGGAGGAUGCCGGCGCGGCCGCCGGUAGGAAGCGCCAGCUCUGAGUAGGGGGAGCGGCCGCAGAGGCUGCUCGGCUCCGCCGCCCGCCAGGCCGUCGGCUCCUGCUCCGGGCCCGGGGCGCCGGCUGUGGUCUUCAAAAUGAGUGUCCCUGACUACAUGCAAUGUGCCGAGGACCACCAGACUCUCCUCGUGGUGGUGCAGCCUGUGGGCAUUGUCUCGGAAGAGAACUUCUUCAGGAUCUACAAGAGGAUCUCCUCCGUGAGCCAGAUCAGCGUGCGGGACUCCCAGCGGGUGCUCUACAUCCGCUACAGGCACCACUACCCACCGGAGAACAACGAGUGGGGCGACUUCCAGACCCAUCGCAAGGUCGUGGGCCUCAUCACCAUCACAGACUGCUUCUCGGCCAAGGACUGGCCUCAGACCUUCGAGAAGUUCCACGUGCAGAAGGAGAUCUACGGCUCCACGCUCUACGACUCCCGCCUCUUUGUCUUUGGGCUGCAGGGGGAGAUCACGGAGCAGCCGCGCACCGAUGUGGCCUUCUACCCCAACUACGAGGACUGUGAGGCGGUGGAGAAGAGAAUCGAGGACUUCAUCGAAUCCCUCUUCAUUGUGCUCGAGUCCAAGCGUCUGGACAGGGCCACAGACAAGUCCGGGGAUAAGAUCCCCCUCCUCUGUGUCCCGUUUGAGAAAAAGGACUUUGUGGGACUGGACACAGAUAGCAGACAUUACAAGAAGCGGUGCCAGGGGCGCAUGCGGAAGCACGUGGGAGACCUGUGCCUCCAGGCCGGGAUGCUGCAGGACUCUCUGGUGCAUUACCACAUGUCCGUGGAACUUCUCCGCUCAGUCAAUGACUUCCUGUGGCUCGGAGCUGCCCUUGAAGGGUUAUGUUCCGCGUCUGUCAUCUGUCACUAUCCUGGUGGAACUGGGGGUAAGACUGGAGCUCGCAGGUUCCAGGGGAGCUCUCUCCCUGCUGAAGCAGCCAACAGACACCGACCAGGGGCACAAGAAGUUCUCAUUGAUCCAGGUGCCCUCACAACCAAUGGCAUAAAUCCCGACACCAGUGCUGAAAUUGGACGUGCUAAGAACUGUCUGAGUCCCGAGGACAUAAUUGACAAAUAUAAGGAGGCCAUUUCCUAUUACAGCAAGUACAAGAAUGCCGGAGUGAUUGAGUUAGAAGCGUGUGUCAAGGCUGUGCGAGUCCUUGCCAUUCAGAAGCGGAGCAUGGAUGCUUCAGAAUUUCUCCAGAACGCGGUUUACAUUAAUCUUCGACAGCUCUCCGAAGAAGAAAAAAUCCAGCGAUACAGCAUCCUCUCUGAGCUCUACGAGCUGAUUGGCUUCCAUCGGAAGUCCGCGUUCUUCAAGCGCGUGGCCGCUAUGCAGUGCGUGGCCCCGAGCAUCUCGGAGCCCGGGUGGAGGGCCUGCUACAAGCUGCUCCUGGAGACGCUUCCCGGCUACAGCCUGUCGCUGGACCCCAAGGACUUCAGCAGAGGUACACACCGAGGCUGGGCUGCUGUCCAGAUGCGUUUGCUUCACGAAUUGGUCUACGCCUCCCGAAGGAUGGGGAAUCCUGCUCUUUCCGUCAGGCACUUGUCCUUCCUGCUGCAGACCAUGCUGGAUUUUUUGUCCGAUCAGGAAAAGAAAGACGUGACUCAAAGCCUGGAGAACUACACGUGCAAAUGUCCUGGGACCAUGGAACUCCUCACCCUCCCAGGUGGGCCCACCCUGCCUCCAGUGCCCUUCACCAAGCUUCCCAUCGUCAGGCGUGUGAAGCUGUUGAACCUUCCCACCAGCCUCCGGCCACAGAAAAUGAAAAGCUUGCUGGGUCAGAACGUGUCAACCAAGAGCCCCUUCAUCUACUCACCAAUUAUCGCACACAACCGUGGAGAAGAGCGGAACAAGAAAAUAGAUUUCCAGUGGGUUCAAGGAGACGUGUGUGAAGUUCAGCUGAUGGUCUACAACCCGAUGCCGUUUGAACUCCGAGUUGAAAACAUGGGGCUCCUCACCAGCGGCGUGGACUUCGAGUCUCUCCCCGCGGCGCUCUCCCUUCCGGCGGAGUCUGGUCUUUACCCAGUGACUCUCGUUGGGGUCCCACAGACGACUGGAAUGAUUACUGUGAACGGUUACCAUACCACGGUCUUCGGCGUCUUCAGUGACUGUCUGCUGGACAACCUCCCGGGAGUGAAGACCAGUGGCUCCACGGUGGAGGUCAUUCCCGCCCUGCCCAGGCUGCAGAUCAGCACCUCACUGCCCAGAUCUGCCCAUUCCUUGCAACCCUCCUCUGGUGAUGAAAUCUCUACUAAUGUGUCCGUCCAGCUUUACAACGGGGAGGCUCAGCAACUCGUCAUCCAAUUGGAAAAUAUUGGGACGGAGCCACUGGAGACACUGGAAGUCACCUCCAGACUUCUCACCACCAAAGAGAAACUGUAUGGUGACUUCUUGAGCUGGAACCUGGAAGAAACCCUUGCCCAGUUUCCUCUGCAACCUGGGAAGGUGGCCACUUUCGUCGUCAACAUCAAGGUGAAACUGGAUUUCUCAUGCCAGGAGAAUCUCCUCCAAGACCUCAGUGACGAUGGAAUCAGCGUGAGUGGCUUUCCGCUGUGCAGUCCCUUUCGACAGGUCGUUCGGCCUCGAGUGGAGAGCAAGCCUGUGAACGCCCCUGAAGGCGGCAAACCAGGAGACCCGAGCCACAUGAAGCCCUGCCCUGCCCUGCCCCUGGCCCGCUGUAGCCCAUACAGGACCAUGAUGCCUACCCUUUUGCCUCCCUGCUUUACCGGAGGCCCUUCACUCUUCCUGAGAUGCUCUUCCCCUGGGAUCUCCACGGCUCCUCUCACCACCUCCAAGUCUUGGCUGAAUGUAAGCUUCCCAGCAAGCAAGGUACCUGCCAAGUGUCAGGUGGCAGCCCCCUCUCCUCCUGCAGCCUUCUUCUCCAGCUCUCAGCUUCCAGGCUCAGACGUGUGCUGCAGGAGAUGCCUACUUACGUUUGCUGCCCUUGCUUGAAAGGCACUGUCUUGUGGUUGGCGGUCUUUGUGUGCAUAUCAGACCUUUCAGUAAGGAUUCCUCUUGAUGAGUGUCAGGAUGUAUUUGUGUUGAUUUUUCCAUGGCACACAGGGGUCGGUAAGGUUUCUUUAGGUCUGUUGGAGGCUUUGAGGGAGUGCUGGGCUCCCUUCCUUCUGCCUCUCUGCUUCCCUCUCGUCUCUCUUCUCUCUCUUUGGAAACUGUUUCUUGAUAAGAAUGCAGCUUUUAAUGAACGCAAGUCUUUCAGGAUUAGAACCAGUCCUCAGAUCUCCAGCCUGUGUCCCGUGGAGCUAUUGGAAGGGCCUUGCCCUCCCAAUGCCUGACUUGUUGCUCUCUCCCAGCCCAGGGAAGGGCCUGGCUGUUGACUGACCAUCUGUCAGGUGCCUGCUGGGAAAGUGUCAUGGUGAGCUGCUCCUUCACUCUCCUGCCUUGGCUGGCAGAAGCUGCUGGCCAUGGUGCUGAAGACGUGCUCAGGGGUCCAGCCAGGUAGCCUCUGGGUAAAUUGUGUCCCUGUUCACAUCUUGGGGUGGCUUCGUACUUGUGUGGCAUGACACUGGUGGCUAUGACCUCUCAGUCCACUGUGGUUUGGCAUUUGAGGGAAGAGACCCCUUUUGUGGCAUGACCCAUGGAUCGAGCUUUGGAACUCCAGUUCCAACGGACGUGGUUUACAUAUUCACUGUUGGGACAAAACAUGUAUGGUGGUCAUCAACCACGAAAGCUCUGAGUACCUAGUACCAGCUUAGAAGAGCACCAGGCACUGCAUCAGUCUCUUCAUAAAAUACCAUCUCGAUAAAGAGCUGACUAGGUACAUGCCAUUAACCCUGCUAUGUAGGUGAGGAAACAGCUCUGAAAAUGAAGUAAGUUGCCCGAAAUCACAUGCUGCAGUGUGUUGGAACUGGGAUUCAAACUCAGGGAGCAGCUCUGUCCAUUUUGCUGUGUUGCUGUUAGGUCUGCUGGUGCCAUGCUCAGCGCUAAAACAGACGGAUGCAUUUGAGGUCCUUCUCCUUCCAGCGUUGCUGGUGUCAGGUCAGCAGGUGUGUGGGCACUGUGGAUGCGUAUCUGAGGGCGAGCAGCCCGUCUCCAGGUGUCCCUGUGUCCUGCUAGCUGGGGGGCUGCACAUAGGGCAUCCAGCCCUUUCUUGGCUGCCUGUGCUCCGGGUAGGGUGGGAUGGUGGGAGCGUUGAAGGGGACUUGGGUUCUGGGGCUGGAGUGGAAGCAGGCAGCCUCUGGAGCCAGCCUGGCCUGCCUGGGGCUGCACCACCACUGAUGCUGAUGGAAACUGAGCCUGGAGUCUCCUGGGCAAAGAGGAAGAUAACCACCCCCUUCCCCUGGGCAGAGGCAUGACAGGACGGGGUCCCAGCUCCCUGCACGCAGGUGCCCCUCAGCAGACACUGCCUAUUGCUGCCUCGGGCAGUCAGGUUCCAAGUUCAGAGUGGUGGGGCAGCAAGCGGGCCAGGGCACAGGUCACCUGCAGAUUAGCUGGCCCCAAGGUGUCUGGGAAGGUGUGCCCAGCAGUGAGAGUGGGGACGUACCUGGUGCUGCUGUCCCCAUGGAGGCCAUGCUGCUGAGAGGGUCAGUGUGGAGUCUGUGUGGGGCAGCCGCCCUUGACUUGACUGUGUGAUGUGGAGUCCAGGGCCAGUGUUGGAAGGGAAGCAAGAAUGAGGAGGACCAAGGGAGGGAAAGUAGAUCUGUGGUCACAGGGGGAUUCUCAUUCCAGCCCUGGGGUCACGUCCAGGCAAUGUCAGGCAGGCACCUUGGCUCUACGGGCUCAGCGUCCACCUGUGCUCACUAAGGGGUUGUUGGUCUGUAAGGGCUGGUUCUUCAGGUAACAAUCAUGCACUGGGGGUUCUUCACCCUCCCAAGGUUGGGUGCGGACAGUGGGCUAUGUUUCCACCUGACCGGGACCCGGGGUCACCUCCUGCCAUAAUCUGCCUUGGGACUCUGAGAGACACAGAGUGCCUGCCAGGAGGGCUUGAUGGGUGCUGCCUUGGAAACAGGGCAGAAUGUCCUCCUCCCAGACCCUGGAGGUUCUCAGGUAGCUAAGACUCGAAGGGCUCUGGGGUGGUUUACAUUUGUGCUGAUGAAAGAGAAAGAUGAACAGAGGACAUUUUAAAAAGCUAUUUUGCCUAUUGUAGAAGUGGUAAUAACUCUCCAACCAUGUUGACACCAGACAGCGUGCUGGGCGACAUGCUUACUUCUUAAUUUGAUUUCAGAGUAAUGUGGAGGUGGAUGGUUCCUCCCAUUGACAGACCAGGACCAUGAGAUGUAGGGUGAACUUUGCCCAAGUUCUUGUAACUAAGAGGCAGGGCCAGCAGUGUCGAUUUUUCUGACUCUAAGUCCCAUUUUCUUAACCUGUAUGCUCGUUACAAAAAGGAGAGCAAAACUGUGGAAAGUGUACACCAUCAUUUCCAGCACCCAGAGGUGACUGACAUUUGAGCACAUUCUUCUUCACCCCCUUGGUCAGAGGGAGGACAGGAUUUGGGCAAAGGGACAUGCUUGGGGGUCAGACCGUCCUGGCCAAUUCCUGGAGUCAGUAGCUGUGUGAUAUUGGAGAGGUUACUCAGUCCCUCUGAUAGCACUUUCCACACCUGUGAAAGAAGGAUAAGGAUGUGUGCGGUGUAUAAAGUGUCAAAGGGUGGAUGAGGUAAUGUGGUGACAGUAGCAGGGGGGCCUGAUACAGACGAGGCACUCCUUGAAGGGUGGCUUUGGCUUCGAUGAUUCUGGUAAAGAAUGCAUUUGGUGAGGCCUGGAGACUGGCCGAGGGAGCCGGCGGCUGGAGAGCGGAGGGCAGGGAGCCGCGUGGAGGGCCGCGUGCAGGGGCAGGAUGGGCCAGGCUGUGGAAGCCCUUGAAGGCCGUGCUGGGGGGUCGGCUUCUGUCCCAAGGCUGUGGGGGGCCGCUGAGUGUUAAGGAGAGACUCUGGGGAGAGCAGUCCUGGGCUGAGAACAGUUUUUAAUUCUGUUAUUUUUUGCAACUUAGCCGCAGCGGGCGGGACAGCAGAUCAGAACCCUUUGAAGCCGACUUGAGAGGCCCCUGGUGCCCCUGCUUCACUGCUGACUUUCUAGCGUUUUUCAUCUCUGCUCUUAUCUAGAUCAUGGGAGUUAAUUAUCUCUCCAAAUAUUAACUCUGUCCGUGACUUUAUAAUGAGAUUUUCCAUCAUCUUCCAAAGACUACCUGCUGCUUUCUGCAGGAAACACCAUUGGUAGUGAUACUUUGGUGCCCAAAAUAGAGGCAGCAGGGUGGCUACCCAUAUGCAAAUUGGUACUAAGGGAUCCUUCCUUUGGGCGAACUCCUGUCAAUGUGGGGGGCCCAUCUGGGGCUCUGAAAGUCUCCACCUCUGUGCAGAGCAUGAGCUUGGAGAGCCCCUCUGUGGGCUCGGCCUUGCCUGCCCCUCUCUCUGCCCAUGCUUCUUCCACAGCACUGGGCUUUGGUGUCGCUGAGAGUCCACAGCCAUCGACGCCGUCACCGCACGCGAGGGACACUGGCGGCUGGACCUCCCAGGCAGCUACGGCAAGUGGUCGGACAGAGCGCCUGUAGUGAGCGCUGCGUGCUCGGCGCCCUGAGCCCGGCCGAGGGUUUCUCCUCACUGCGCCUCUGCUUUCCUUGAGACGGGACGACCUCUCUUAGCUGCUCUUAUCAUUGCUGGGGACUUGUUUCUGUGUAUUCAUGGUU